GCUCCGGGACGCGGGACCGGCCCCCGCCGGCUGCCGGUGCCGUCCGUGCCGCCGAGCCAUGCGGGUGCGCGCCGCAUGCGGAGAGCGCGCUGCAGGGCGCCGCUAGGAGCCGAGCUCCGCCCGGCCCGGCCCGGCCCGGCUCGGCCCGGCUGUCCCCCUCGCCGCAUGGCAGCGCCGCGGGAGUGAGCGACCGCGGAGAAGGAAGGAAGCGUCCAAGGCACUUACCAAAAUGAGACAGUGACCGCCAGCACCUGGCUUGGUGUUCCCUUCACCGGAGCCUCCUGGAGCCAGAGCUCAGCCCAGCUGCAGCCAGAGGAGGAAGGAGGAGAAGCACAGCCUGAUCAGAGGUGCAACCAGCGUCGCCUGUUGGCCAGCAGUGGAUCCCUUUUGGAGCCAGUUGGAACCUAAAUCUAAUGCAAGGAAUGUUUACCCUUGCAGAAGUUGCAUCGCUCAAUGACAUCCAGCCAACCUAUCGUAUCCUGAAACCAUGGUGGGAUGUGUUUAUGGAUUAUCUAGCGGUUGUUAUGUUAAUGGUUGCCAUUUUUGCUGGAACCAUGCAGCUGACCAAAGACCAGGUGGUCUGCUUGCCAGUUUUGCAGUCUACUGUAAAUUCAAAAGCACAACCCAGCACAUCAGGGAAGGCUGACUUUACCACUGUUGAAACAACCACUGGUCAAGGAGAAGACGCGUCAAUGAGAACGGUUUCCUUUGAAAGUGCCCCUACUGUAACACCAGAUGUACCUCUGAGCAGAGUUACCUCUUCUCAGUAUCAACCCACUGAAUCAGGUCAGGAGCUGAAGAAGGAGCAGAAGGAUUCUUCAGGCCGUAAAACAAAUCUGGAUUUUCAGCAAUAUGUAUUUAUUAACCAGAUGUGCUAUCAUUUGGCUCUUCCUUGGUAUUCAAAGUAUUUUCCCUAUCUUGUUCUCAUCCAUACCAUUAUUUUAAUAGUCAGUAGCAAUUUUUGGUUCAAGUAUCCCAAGACCUGCUCAAAAAUUGAGCACUUUGUGUCUAUAUUAGGGAAGUGCUUUGAGUCCCCCUGGACUACAAAAGCACUGUCUGAAACAGCAUGUGAGGACUCUGAGGAGAACAAACAGAGGUUAACUGGUGCCCAGUCCCUGCCCAAGUAUGUUUCCACUAGCAGCGAUGAAGGAAGCCCAAGUGCCAGCACUCCCAUGAUAACGAAGUCUGGCUUCAAGUUUUCAGCUGACAAGCCGAUGAUCGAGGUCCCCAGUGUCACUAUUUUAGACAAGAAAGAUGGAGAACAAGCGAAAGCGCUCUUUGAGAAAGUCCGUAAGUUCCGGGCUCACGUGGAGGACAGCGAUCUGAUUUACAAGCUCUAUGUUGGCCAGACUAUCAUCAAGACUUUCAAGUUCAUAUUUAUUCUCUGCUAUACCGCGAACUUUGUCAACACCAUUAGUUUUGAACACAUCUGCAACCCCAAAGUGGAACACCUGAUUGGCUACACGCAGUUUGAAUGUACACACAAUAUGGCUUACAUGUUGAAGAAGCUGCUCAUCAGCUAUAUUUCUCUUAUUUGUGUCUAUGGUUUUAUCUGCCUCUACACGCUCUUCUGGCUGUUCCGAAUACCCUUAAAAGAAUAUUCUUUUGAAAAGGUCAGAGAAGAGAGUAGUUUCAGUGAUAUUCCUGAUGUGAAAAACGAUUUUGCAUUUCUUUUGCAUAUGGUAGAUCAGUACGACCAGCUGUAUUCUAAGCGAUUUGGUGUCUUUUUGUCAGAGGUAAGUGAGAACAAACUACGUGAAAUCAGUUUAAACCACGAAUGGACUUUUGAAAAGCUGCGGCAACACGUGUCCCGCAAUGCCCAGGAUAAGCAAGAGCUGCACCUUUUCAUGCUGUCGGGGGUCCCCGAUGCAGUCUUUGAUCUGACAGAUCUGGAUGUGUUAAAACUGGAGCUGAUUCCUGAAGCGAAAAUCCCAGCAAAAAUCUCCCAGAUGACAAAUCUUCAGGAGCUUCAUCUGUGCCACUGCCCUGCAAAGGUCGAGCAGACGGCCUUCAGCUUCCUCCGGGACCACUUGAGAUGCCUUUAUGUGAAGUUCACAGAUGUUGCAGAAAUUCCUGCGUGGGUGUAUUUGCUCAAAAACCUCCGUGAAUUGUACUUGAUAGGCAACUUGAACUCUGAAAACAAUAAAAUGAUAGGGCUUGAGUCUCUCAGAGAAUUGAGACACCUUAAAAUUCUCCAUGUGAAGAGCAAUUUGACCAAAAUUCCCCCCAAUAUCACAGAUGUGGCACCACAUUUAACAAAACUAGUCAUUCAUAAUGAUGGCACUAAGCUCGUGGUACUGAAUAGCCUUAAGAAAAUGAUGAAUGUUGCAGAGUUGGAACUGCAGAACUGUGAACUGGAGAGAAUUCCUCAUGCCAUCUUCAGCCUCUCUAACUUACAGGAACUGGAUUUAAAGUCAAACAGCAUACGCACAAUUGAAGAAAUCAUCAGUUUCCAGCACUUAAAAAGAUUGACUUGUUUAAAGCUGUGGCACAAUAAAAUAGUCAACAUUCCUUCCUCCAUUACCCAUGUAAAGAACUUGGAGUCUCUUUACCUCUCCAAUAACAAACUCGAAUCCUUACCAGCCGCAGUGUUCAGUUUACAGAAACUUAGGUGUUUAGAUGUAAGCUACAACUCAAUUACAGUGAUUCCAGUGGAAAUAGGUUUGCUUCAAAAUCUGCAGCAUUUUCACAUCACGGGAAACAAAGUCGACGUUUUGCCAAAACAGUUAUUUAAAUGUGUUAAGUUGAGGACUUUGAGUCUGGGACAAAACUGUAUUACCUCAAUCCCAGAUAAAGUUGGUCAACUGUUGCAGCUGACUCAUCUGGAACUGAAGGGAAACUGCAUAGACCGUCUGCCAGCCACACUGGGGCAGUGUCAGCUUCUCAGGAAAAGCGGGCUUGUCGUGGAAGAUCACCUCUUUGACACUUUGCCCUCGGAAGUUAAAGAGGUAUUGAACCAAGACACAAGCAUUCCCUUUGCUAAUGGGAUUUAAGCUGAGGUGAAAUGCUCGAGUAGCUGACUUCCAAACAGCAAAUGUUGAAAAGUAUGGCUGUUGUGAGACCAUGCAUUUUUAGAAAGCAGAAUUCCUUGGAAGGCAGGACUACUAGCAGGAUUGUAAGAGAUGUAACCGAGUGUUCAAUGUUUGCAGUGUUUUAAAAGAUUAUUUCCAAAUUUUUUGAGAGGAUAAAGAACCUUAAUAAUCUCAAUUCUUUUUUCCUUAAAUUGUUUGUAACUUGGAUGCUGCCGCUUUUGAAUGUUUACAAAUUUGCUUGCCUGCUUAAAGUAAAUGAUUAAAUUGA